AUGGGUGCCAAUGCCAUCAAUCAUCAGUUUUUUCAGUCACCAUGUGACAAUGAGGAAGCUUGUGGAAGUGGCUUAGACAUGUACCAAAGCCAGUUUUUGGAACUUCAUCAAAGAUUGUUAUAUGCCGAAAAAGAAAAUAAAAAAAGAUCCCGUGAGUUGAGCAUUGUCCUGGAUGCAAUUAAACGGGUAGUAGCAGAGAGACUGAACUCUACAGCAAAUCAUACAGAUGCUAUGAAGUGGAAAGUGUUAAAUCUCACCAGCAAACUCCCUUUGCAUCUUACAAACAUACACUACUACCUACCUCACCUCCGGGAGCAUGAAAACAGCCUUUACCCAAAUGUUGUCAUUGGACAAGGGAGAACUGGAGUCUCCCUGGUGAUGGGUAUUCCUACUGUGAAAAGGGGAAAACAAAAUUAUCUGCUGGGCACAUUGAACUCUCUCUUCUAUGAGAUGUCUGCAGAGCAGAAGAAUGAUUGUGUAGUGGUUAUCUUUGUAGCAGAGGUGAAUGCAGAGUAUGUUAACAGUAUUGCAGAAAGUGUUAGAACCAGCUUCCCUAACGAAGUGCAGUCGGGUGUUAUUGAGGUUAUUUCCCCUCUUGCUUCCUAUUACCCAGACCUCUCCAAUCUCAAGGAAACAUUUGGAGACUCAAAGGAAAGAGUAAGGUGGAGAACUAAACAGAAUUUGGAUUAUAGCUUUUUAAUGCUAUAUGCACAACCUAAGGGAACAUUUUAUUUACAGCUAGAAGAUGAUAUUGUGGCAAAACCUCAGUACAUUCAGAAAAUAAAAAACUUUGCUCUUGAACAGCCCUCUGAUGAGUGGAUGAUUCUUGAAUUCUCUCAGCUUGGAUUUAUUGGAAAGUUGUUUAGAACUAAAGAUUUACCACUCAUAGUAGAAUUCUUUUUAAUGUUCUACAAAGAUAAGCCCAUAGACUGGCUUCUAGACCACUUACUCUGGGUUAAAGUAUGCAGUCCAGAAAAGGAUCCAAAACAUUGUGAAGGGCAAAAGGCCUAUUUGCGUAUCCGUUCUAAGCCAUCUCUCUUUCAGCAUGUGGGAAUUCAUUCAUCUUUGGCGGGGAAAAUACAGAAUUUAAAAGAUAAAGAUUUUGGCAAAAACAUGCUACAUAAAGCACAUGUUAAUCCCCCUGCAAAAGUGACUACUAGCCUAAGAAUAUUCCAGCAUUAUACUUUGGAAAAGGCUUAUGAAGGAAUGGACUGUUUUUGGGCUUUUUCUCCAGUGGCUGGAGAUUAUAUCUUAUUCACUUUUUUACAGCCAUUGAAAGUAGAAGGGUACCUCUUUAGAAGUGGAAACAUGGAACACCCUGGUGAUAAACUGUUUAAUACUACUGUAGAAGUUUGGCCUGCUGCUGAAACAGAAUUAUUAAAAGAUGCAGUAGGACAUGGAGGCAAAGAUAACUACCAAACAACCAAAGAUGGAUAUUUAAAGAUAGGUACAUUUGAUAAUGGAAUAGCAGAAGGCAUCAUCAGUCCAUCAGUAGGGAAAAUACAGGCUAUUCGUUUAUCUAUCCAUUCUGAUUCUCCUGUGUGGGCAUUACUGAGUGAGGUAAGCAUAUGGGAAGCAUAUUAA